UUACGAUAAUGAAAAGGUACUUCAGUUGUGCUCUGGAUAUGGCCGCAGCUAUUCAAGCAGCACUUUUCGUUCUUGCUGCUGUCACUGCAGGCUGCCUGGCUGUGACGGGAUGCUUGCCUAAGGACUAUGGUCGUGGCAGCGUCGUCUGCGUCUGCAAUAGCACACGAUGUGACUUUCUCGGGACCAUUCCUCCGGAAGAACUAGGUGUGGUCGCUGCGUACGAGAGCAACAAAGCAGGACUCAGAUUUCACAAAAGUAUCCUCCACAUGGCAGACAGUACUGAACUACCCACUUCCGAAACGAACCCUGUGGUAUUGAAAAUCAAUGCGACGCACACCUACCAGGAGAUCCUAGGCUUCGGAGGUGCCUUUACAGAUGCAUUUGGUAUCAACAUCAAGUCCUUACCUUCCCGUAUGCAGGACGAUUUGCUCAGAUCAUACUACUCCGCAGAAGGUCUCUCAUACAACCUGGGCAGGAUUCCAAUGGCCAGUACAGAUUUCUCUAUACGACUAUAUACCUACCUGGACGAUCCGGGAGAUUUCAACCUGACCAAGUUUGGCCUCGCCCAAGAAGACUACAGACUCAAGAUACCGUUCAUCAAGAAAGCGACAUCGCUGGCCCAGGAAGAAGUGUACCUGUUCGGCAGCCCCUGGAGCGGUCCUGCUUGGAUGAAAACCAAUGGUGCGCUCAAUGGAAGAGGGAAACUUAAAGGGAAACCCGGUGGGAAAUAUUAUAAGACGUGGGCCAAAUAUUUCGUCAGGUUUCUCCAGGAGUAUGGCAAACAUGACAUUCAGAUCUGGGGACUGACAACGGAAAACGAGCCAACAAACGGGGAAAUCCCUAACUUUCCCUUCCAGUGCAUGGGAUUCACUCCAGAAACCAUGAGAGACUUUGUCAAGUUGGACCUCGGCCCUGCGCUAGAGGCGAAUGGAUACGGGUUUCUCAAACUCAUGAUCCUCGACGAUGAACGUUACGAUAUGAUCAGAUGGGCUCAAACAAUACUUCAAGACACGAACGCAUCAUCAUUCGUCUCCGGUAUUGGUGUUCACUGGUACGGGGACUUUGCUGAACCUUGGAUUCUUGACAAGACGCACGAAGCAUUCCCCGAGAAGUUCAUCCUGGGCACCGAGGCCUGCGAGGGAUUUCAGGCCUUUGUCAAAGAGAAAGUGAGCUUGGGCAACUGGGAUCGUGCAGAGACAUACGCCUUCGAUAUUAUACAGGAUCUUUCCCAUUGGGUCACUGGCUGGGUGGACUGGAACCUAGCUCUCAACCCACAAGGCGGUCCAAACUGGGUGAAAAACUUUGUCGAUUCGCCCAUCAUUGUUAACGCGACUAGCCGGGAGUUCUACAAGCAACCCAUGUACUAUUCGCUCGCUCAUUUUACGAAAUUUUUGCCACGGGGAAGCCUCAGAAUUGGACUAAAUGCUGAUCCUGGUCUCAGCGAUCGUGUCACUUUUGUGGCUUUCAAGACGCCACAGAAAGCAAAGGUCGUCAUCGUUCUCAACAGGGAUUUCGUUCCGUACACAUUCAUCAUCCGGGACGAAGCCAAGUUCUUCGAGAAGACAAUCAACGAACGUUCCAUUCAAAGUUUCGUCUGGUGGUGAAAGUGGGGCGCAGAUGAAUGGCCUUGUUUUGGGAAGAGCCACAUUUUGUUAACCACACGGAACACCCGCCUUGUCUCUAUAAGCCUGUAUCUGUGGAUAAAUAUUGCACAAUA